AUGAGGUCCUUAUUGCACUGCUUCAGUCUGCUGCCUCUGCUCUACCUCUGCUCUGCUCAGUGGUGCUACCAAAGCCAAUACUCAUGUGAUCAGACAUGCAGAGAGCCCAGCCACUGGUAUGUUGAGUUCUCAAUGUGUGGAGGGAGACGACAGUCUCCCAUUAAUAUUGUCACACACAAAGUCCAAAGCAACAUUUCUCUGGGCCCCUUCAUCUUUGAGGGUCACACAGAUACGCUCAACAUCACUGUGGAAAACAUGGGACACUCAGCACACUUUGACCUUCCCCCGACGGUGCGGGUCAGCGGAGGAGGUCUCCAAAGCCGGUAUAAAGCAGUCCAGUUCCAUUUUCACUGGGGAGAGAAUGCAGGACCGGGCUCAGAACACACAGUGGAUGGGGAACGCUACCCCAUGGAGCUCCAUAUUGUUCACAUCAAAGAGAAGUACAGUUCCCUAGAGGAGGCUGAGAAAGAUCCAGAGGGUAUAGCACUGUUGGCCUUCUUCUUUGAGGAAUCCUCAAAGCAGAAUGAACACUUCAAUGCAUUGAUAGAAGCUUUGGGGAGAGUGCGUUACCAUGGCAACACCAGUUCAAUACCAGUCUUUAGGAUGAGUGAUCUGAUCCCCGCAGCCAAUGAGCUCUCCAGCUACUACCGCUACAUAGGUUCUAUGACCACGCCCGGCUGUGACGAGGCAGUCAUCUGGACCGUGUUCCGCCAAACCCUCCCCAUCAGCCACAAACAGCUGGUCAAGGUGUCCCAGCAACUUUUGUUUUGGACAGGGAGGCCCAUGACCAACAUCUUUCGACCUGUGCAGAAUCUGAACGGCCGGACUGUCAGUGGAACCAACUCAGUGGUUAAUGCAUUCUAA